AUGGGGGGUGUGGCGGCCUGGAUGGGUCAAACCCCGCCCCCCCUUGUUCCCUCCCCCCCGCGUUUUGGGGUCCACGUGGGCCCCUGGCAGCGGGGCAGAGACCCGGGGGCGAUGGAUGCGCUCAAGGGGCAGGUCCUGACCACCAAGGAGACCACUUUGAUCACAGUCUCCAAGGAGGACCAGAACAGGGGUAAUGCACCCAGCGGCUACUUAUCCAGGGCCAGCAGCAAUGCAGGGCUGACCCAGCUGGAGACAGAGGCCUUCAAGACAAAUGGGAUGAUCCAGGCGAUGCUCCCAGAUUCCCAGAAGAUCCUGAAAAACGAGCUGGAGAUCAUCAAAAGCCAACUCCAUGCCCAGGCAAAGGCCUUCGAAGCCCUGAGCCACUCGGUCUCCCUGCUGGAGCAGGAGAGCAGCCUGCAGCAGCGAAAGAUCCAGCAACUGGAAGAGGAGUUGAGCCGAGCCUGCGGCCUGGCCCAGGGGGAGAUGUUCGAGCAACUGGUGGAUGGGAAGAUCCUGGAUGUCUGGGCUGCCAUGGCCAAGGAGGUGGAAGGGCUGCAGGAGUCUCUACUGGAGCGCCCCGACCACCGCAUGAUCCAGAGGGGGGACUCGCUGGAGAACCUGUCCUUGGAGAUCCUGGAGAGCAAGAAAUUCCUCUGGGAGGAGCUGGAGUCAGUGCAAGAGGAUCAGGAGGACGAUAUAACCAAGAACCUCAUCAGCAUAAAGAAAAUGCACGAGAAUCAAGUGAAAUGCAGGAAGAUCCUGUCGCAGCUGAAGGGCAAAGGGCCGGGCGCAGAGGUGGCCCUGGAGUCCGUGGGCAGAGGCAGAGAUAGCAGGCCGGUCAAAGAGGAGCUGAAUGAUAUAUGGUCAGCCGUCAACACCCUGCAGAACUCCAUGGCCAGCUGCAGCCUCUGGGGCGACGGCCAGGCAGUGGUGAGGGUCACAGGCCGUCGGAGCCGUCGGCACCGCACGUCCAUCUCGGCCAGCCCGCCGGCCCCUGCCGCAGAGCCGGCCCUGUGCCUCUACCAGGAGGAGAGCAGCUCCUGCGAGGGCCCCUGCCCCUAGGGGGGGGCUGUGAUGGCUGAGAGCAGAGAGUGCCUGUGACCGGCCAGGGGCCUGGCCUAUGGAUGAGACCGAAUUAAACAGCUGCUUGGGAGAGACUGGGUCUGCCAGACUCCUUAAGGCCAGAUCGGAGGAACUCGGGGGCCCAACCCAGCGGGGAGGGUUGCCUGGCCAGACAAUGGAUCCCCUGUCCCUAGCGUGGACCGUUCACGGCCUCCCUGUGUGAUGCCCUGCGGAGGUGGAAUGCCUUCCUCUUCUCUAGCAGCCCUGGGGGCAGAGCCCAGGGUCCUGGCUCCCAGCCCCACCUGCUCUAACCACUAGAUCCCACUCCUCUCAGGGAGCUGAGAACACAAGAGUCAUCAUUCCCAGGCCUUCCUGCUCUAAUCACCAGACCCCACUUCCCUUUCGGAGCCAGGGAGAGAACCCAGGCGUCCUGGCCGGGCAGUUUGCUCUGUGUGAAGAAACCCCUCCCCCCACACCACCCCCCCAUCUGGAAGGAGCGUCCAGCGCCAUGAACUGGGUGUGGAGACUUUGUGGCUCUCGGCAGCUGCCGUUUCCUGACCAAAGGAUUCAGAUGUGAGGGUUGCAGCCGCGCUGGGAGAGAGGAGGGUGUGAAAGCCACUGCAUCCGAUGCCCCUCCUAGCCCUGCGGGGUCUCCUGGUAGCCACUAGGGGCCAGCGCUGACUGUGAGGGGACAGCACCCCCUACUGGGCCUCCACCCCACUCCCUGCAGCACAGCGCCCCCUAGUGCCAUCCCGGGGUAACGGGGCCAGCACUGACUGCGAGGUUUCUUGCGCCUUCUCCUACAGCAGCUGGUACUGGGCACCUUCGCGGACGGGGAUGCCCUUCUGCCGCGAAUUAACAGAGCUGAAGGCGAGACGGGUCCAUCAGAUCCUGUCUGACCUCCUGGGUGGGGGGAACGGACACCCUGCAAAUACAGGGCUGGGAGGAUAGGAGGGGGAGUGAGGGGAGACGGUGAGACGUGGGGGUGGCGGGCAAGCCAGCUCCAGGCUGGGAAGGAGGGUCCUGAGGGUUCCUACUGUACCCGUUCCAGCCCCUCUCACCUUCACCCCUGCCCUGCCCUGUGGAUCCCAGGCCGGAGAAUUGUGCCCACCGGUUCCUGGAGCCAGCUCCGAGUUGGAGGGUCUUUUAGAAAGUUCAGCUGAUCUAGAGGGAAAGAUUCUGAGUUGUGAGAAUCCACCCUGGGUGAGUUGCUCUGAUGGUUCCUUCCCCACCCUCUCUAAAACCGGGAACCUUAUUUGUAGUCUGAAUGUGUCUCGUUCUGGCUCCCAGCCGCUGAAUCUCGCUGGACCCUUUUCUGCUGGAUCCCAGGGCCCGCGAGGCUCAGAAAUCUCCUCCCCACGCAGCUCUCCGGAGCCAGGAUCGAGUCACCGAUUAACCUUCUCUUGGCUCUGCUUCUUGAGUCUCUCUAAGGGAGCGACUCAUUCCCGUAGCUCCUGUCUGGAGCCGGCUCAGUGGCCUUUUUGGAAGCGCGCACCCCAGAACCGGGCACAGCUUCCUGGGAACUGGCUCGCCUGAGGGCCCAAUUGCUUCCAAGUGCAACGACUCCAUCCGUGUUCAAAGCCUGCCUGGCUCCCGAAAUGAGAGGUCUCUAUUUCCCAGUGGUGCUGAACGGCUUCCACUCCAGUGUGUGACCCAUUCCCAGCCCCAGCUGCAGACAGAUUUCGCCAUGCUGCCUUGCAAUCCUCUUGGCUAGUCUCUGGUUAUUUGAUAGCGAUCGCUCAUCUCCUCAGUCCUCCAUUUCCGUCCCGUGUCCUGCGAUGACUCUCCUCCCAUCACCCCCCAGGAGUUAUUGACCGGAAUCUGCUUCCCGAAACGAUCCCGCGAUCCUGGGUAUCUUUUUGACAUUUGAGAUGUUACAGCUGCUUCACUGGGGCCUUUUCUGCUCUACUGACUCCUGGCUGGGGCUUUACCCUUUCGGGGCGGGGUUUAUUGCUUCUCACACUUCCCUUUUGUGCUGCGUUCCUAGAUCCAAACUAGCAUCUUGCUAAUUAGUAUUUUUAUAUUAGAGGCCCCAGCUGAGAUCAAGGCCCCGUUGUGCCAGUUCCUGCCCCUGCUGAGAUCAGAGCCCCAUUGUGCCGAGUGUUGCACAGACACACAAUGAGAGACUGUCCCUGCCCCCAGGCUGAGAUCAGGGCCCCUCCACCCAUGCCAGGUGCUGCACACAGGCUCCAAGGAGCUCACAAUCAAAGGAGACACAGCAGGGAUCAUUAGCCCCAUUGUAAAUAUGGAGAAACGGUGGCCCAGAGAGAGGAAGUGACUUGCCCACGGUCACCCAGGCAGUCUGUGGCAAAGUUGGGAAUUGGACCCAGGCAUUCUGGCCCAGCGCCUUAGGCCCAAGGCCACCCUGCUGCACUUGCAAGCAUGCUCAGGCCAAGAAGCCAUGGACUAGGAACUUCCAUUUCCCUCCGAGUUGGGGGUCCCACUAGGGCCAGGCCAGUCUGUGGCUAGGAGCUGCCCCUGCCAGCCUGGACCUGCUGGAGGGAGAGAGAGGAGUUGCUCAACCUCUCUAGGGCUGUAGAUCCCUCUCAGCAGUGCUGGGGGUCAGGGAAUUUCCCAGGUAUUUGCUCCUCCAUGGGGCAGCUGUAGGCAGCGUGGGGGCGGGUUAGCCUCUGCAUUCCCUUCAUGCAGUGGAGGAUUUAGCGCUGAACCGGGGGACACGGGAUCCAUAGAGCACAGAGUUGGGCCUUCCAGCUUCUUGGAUGCAUCCAAGAAGCAGCAGGUGUUCCACCGGAAGCCGUCCUGGACCGUGCUGCGUUUUGCACGAGCACUUGUGAACGGAAAGUGCCCUGUUUUUCACCAGUGAGCAGAAAUGGAAUCUGCAGCAUCUUGCAUAGGUGCAUGGGAAUGGACGCCCUUGUGUUUUACACUUGGGAAUGGAGCAGACUGUUUUGCACAAGCACUUGGGACUAGUAUCUGUUGUGAUUUGCACAAGCACGUGUGAAGGGAGUGGACUGUUUCUCAUGAGCAUUCACGUUGUCCUUUUCUAUUCUCCUUUGCUUUUCCCAAUCAGUUCUCCCCCCCCAGGAUCCCCAUUAGCUUGCACCUGUCUGAGAGAAAGCUGCCCUGACCCACAUGCUUCGUGCAUUCUCUGGGACUCUUUCAGGGCUACCCAAGGGGUGCAGGGUGAGUCACAGCUUGCCUUGCCUGUACCCCAAACUAUGAGCUGCUGGCACUGCAAACCCGGUGUUUCCCCUCUGUCAGCUGACAAUUCGUACCCCCCAGAUGCCCUCGGUGAGUGCUUGGAUCAGAGCAGAGAGAAUCUGUAGCCAGCUCCAUGGAGCUAGUUUGCCCCCCAGGUUCACUCUGGCCCGGGGCAC